AUGAAACCAACAUAUUUUGGACCCAACUUAACAGACGCUUUAAUACUUUUACCCAAACAUAAACACACAAUCAUGUGUAUACUUAGACGACGAUUCGCUGUUAUCUUCUUCACCGUUGUCAAAGAUGAUGUCGUUACGACAAGAGCAGAAAUGUUUCUUGAAUUAGGUCAUCAAAGAUAA